CUUAUGGAGACUCAUCUAAGAACAAUUCCAAGUGAAGCAUUUUCUGAUCUCCCCAAUAUCUCCAGAAUCUAUAUCUCCAUAGAUGCAACACUUCACAGGUUGGAGGCUCAUUCCUUCUACAGUUUAAGUAAAGUCACUCAUAUUGAAAUUCGAAAUGUUAGGAACCUAAGUUACAUAGAUCCAGAUGCCUUUAAGAACCUCCCACUUUUAAAAUACCUUGGGAUUUUCAACACUGGACUCAGAGUAUUUCCUGACCUCACCAAAAUCUAUUCAUCCGAUGUGAACUUUUUACUUGAAAUUGCAGAUAAUCCUUUUCUGACUUCAGUGCCUGCAAAUGCUUUCCAUGGGCUGUGCAAUGAAUCCCUUACACUAAAACUCUACAAUAAUGGCUUCACUAGGGUCCAAGCCCAUGCUUUUAAUGGAACAAAGCUGGAUGCUGUCUACCUGCAUAAGAACAAAUACCUGAAAGUUAUUGACGAAGAUGCAUUUUUGGGCGUGCAUAGUGGACCAACCCUGCUUGACGUCUCCCAGACAGAUAUUGCUGCUCUUCCAACAAAAGGAUUGGAGAACCUUAAAGAACUCAUGGCAAAAUAUACGUGGACCUUAAAGAAACUACCCCUUGUGAAAACAUUUUCUCAACUAAUGCGAGCUUACUUGUCCUACCCAAGCCACUGCUGUGCUUUCAAGAACUGGAAGAAAACGAAAGGAGUUCCAGAAUACCUGAUGUGUAACCAGACCAGCAGUUAUAACGUCCGUAAAAGAAGAUCUGUCAGUGCCCUUAAUGGUCCUUUUUACCAAGACUAUGCAGAAGGAGAUACAGAGCACACUGAGGCAAUGUAUGACAAAAACUCCAAAUUCAGGGAUUUUUAUGGCAAUUCCCACUACUAUGUCUUUUUUGAAGAGCAGGGGGAUGGAGAUGUUGGAUUUGGCCAAGAAAUCAAGAACCCUCAAGAGGAAAAUGCCCAGGCAUUUGACAGCCACUAUGACUAUACUGUUUGUGGGGGCAGUGAAGAAAUACUAUGCACCCCAGAGCCUGAUGAGUUUAAUCCCUGUGAAGACAUAAUGGGGUAUACAUUUCUAAGGACUGUGGUUUGGUUUGUGAACCUCCUUGCCAUCCUGGGUAAUAUUUUUGUCCUGUUCAUCCUUCUCACCAGCCAUUACAAGUUGACUGUCCCACGUUUUUUGAUGUGCAACCUGGCCUUUGCAGAUUUCUGCAUGGGACUGUAUCUUCUUUUGAUUGCUUCUGUGGAUCUCUACAGUCGGUCAGAGUAUUACAACCAUGCCAUAGAGUGGCAGACAGGGCCUGGAUGCAAUACAGCUGGCUUUUUCACUGUCUUUGCCAGUGAGCUUUCAGUGUAUACCCUGACUGUAAUCACCCUGGAGCGCUGGUAUGCCAUCACUUUUGCCAUGCGUCCCGACAGGAAAAUUCGUCUCCGGUAUGCAUUGGUUGUCAUGAUGGGUGGUUGGCUCUCAUGCUUUCUUCUUGCUCUCUUGCCAGUGGUUGGAGUCAGCAGCUACACUAAAGUCAGCAUCUGCCUACCUAUGGAUAUUGGAACACCCUUGGCUGAAGCCUAUGUUGUCUUUGUUUUGAUGUUGAACAUUAUUGCUUUUAUCAUCAUCUGUGUAUGCUACAUCAAAAUCUAUAUCACUGUGCGAAACCCUCAUUACAAGUCAGGAGACAAAGACACAAAAAUUGCCAAAAGGAUGGCAGUGUUGAUUUUCACUGACUUCCUGUGCAUGGCACCUAUCUCAUUCUAUGCUUUAUCUGCCAUUAUGAACAAACCCUUGAUAACAGUUAGCAAUUCUAAGAUCCUGCUGGUGCUUUUCUACCCACUGAAUUCUUGUGCCAACCCCUUCCUCUAUGCUAUUUUCACCAAGGCUUUCCGAAGGGAUGUCUUUAUCCUACUUAGCAAGUUUGGCAUAUGUGAGCAUCAGGCUCAAAUCUACAGGGGUCAGACAGUUUCCACCAAAAACAGCAGUGGUUUUUAUGGCCAGAGAGGCAGCCGAGGAACAGCUCAAGUUCUUACAAACAUCCACAACACACAGGGUGACUACCAUUUGGCAAUGGCAAUGCCAGACCAAAUUGUUAUGGAAGACUGGAAGCUUACUGAAUUAUAACAUCUGGAAGCAUCACACCUGCAGUGAGGCUAUAUUCAUAACCAAGAUAAAAACAUUAAUAAGAUGCAGUUCUUUCCUAGCCAUGGUGGUUUUUGAGGUACCUCAGAAAUGAUUUUGGUUUUUCCUUUGAGUGUGUCAUUCACCUGAAUCUCCAGUUUUAAACCACUGUCAGCAUAAAACAAGGUCCAAAUUAUGGUGAUGAAAUUGGAAGCUAAUGUGAAAACUCCAUUUAUACUGCAGGGGGCAUCAAAGAUCCAGUCUGCAGAACCCCUUGUCUGGACCCCGGUGUUGCCCUUGGGUCCAGAGUUGAGUCAUGCUGUAUGCAGUGCACACCAGACUGACCCAAAGUGCAAUGCCUG